CAUCCAAUGGCAAACACGUUCUCACAUCAUCUCUUGGUCCUCCAGCGGCUCUACCUUCUUGUCGCGGCACCAGCCCUCGUUGUCUGGCUGUGAACUCUAACCUCAGUGGUCGGGAAAUGUCAGAGAGAGGCCCGUGCUGCAGCAAGGGGGCGUUUAAGGGAAAAACAAUAGCCUUUAUUGUUAUAUAUUUAAUAAUAGUCAUUUUUGUCGGAUGUGCAAAUAUAUUAAUCAGCGCAAAUCAACGAUUCUCCAUUCUCGUCCGCUGACAGCAAGCGCGCGGCAGUAUUUGCAGCCUUCAUCUCGUCUCGUAUUGAAAUCUUGGCCAAACAUGAGAGGGGGUACUCGACACCUCAGGGAAAUGGUUUUCCAACAAGAGGGCUCCUUCCUUGCCGUGACCCCCAGCAGAGAACUCUGGGAUUGACAGAAGCAUCACUCCCACUGAUGGCCUGGUGUGGGUUUCAGCUGUCCUGCUGAAGCUAUGGGGAGCUGUUGGAGCUGUCUAUACAGGGACUCCAUUCAAGACAACCACCCCAACAAGUUCAAGGUGACCAAUGUGGAUGAUGAGGGAAACGAGUUGGGCUCGGGAACUAUGGAGCUCACACAGACAGAGCUCAUCCUGCACACACGGAAAAGAGAUGCUAUCCGGUGGCCCUACCUUUGUCUCCGGCGCUAUGGCUACGACUCGAACCUCUUCUCCUUUGAGAGUGGGAGGCGAUGCCAAACUGGACAGGGAAUCUUUGCAUUCAAAUGCUCUCGUGCAGAGGAGAUCUUCAACCUACUGCAGGAGCUCAUGCAGUGCAACAGCAUCAACGUGGUGGAGGAGCCGAUGCUAAUGACCCGGCCAGCACACACACCUGAGAUAGACAUGUCACGAACACCACAAACACCCAACACUCCAGCAUUCCCAGUUCAGGGCUUUCCCAAUGGAUAUCCAGGCUACUCAAUCAGCGGUGACUCAUCCCAGCCCUCUCUCAAUGACGACCACAGACACAGCCUCAUGGGUUUAGAUGAUCAGGCUCACACCUAUGUGAAUACUGUUAAUGUGGAUGGCGAGCUCUCCAGCAGACACUGUGUGCACUCCCUGCCUGAGGUGAGGCCCGGCUCUUUUCAAGAAGGCGGCGGAUGUGUUGGCCCCCCCACAGGCCCAGCCGGCAUGCACUGCUGCGGGCCGCUGGAUGACCACAAAGACCCUCAGGUCUUCCUGCAGCCGGGCUCCCAGGAGGUGAAGUUCAUGCUGGGGCCGACGCCCGCCCAGCGCCACCUGCUGGAGCGGGACCAGCAGCAGCGCCACUCUCACCAGCUGCCCCCUCACGUCAUGCGCGGCGGCAGUGGUGGCGGCGGCGGCGGCGGCGGGGCCGAGACCAGCUCAGGCACGGAGGGCGAGGAGCUCCCGCCGCACGUGUGCAACAACCACUCGUACCACCACUACCACCACCACCACCUGAUGCACAUGCACCCGGACGGCUGCCCCGUGCCGCCCAGCCAGCUCACCUACGAGAACAUCAACGGGCUGCGCGGCUCGCUGAGCUCCGCCGCCGCCGCCGCCGCCGCCGCCGGCCGGCGCCAGCGCCUCAGCCCCAGCAGCGUGUCCCAGUCGCUGGGCUCCAGCAGCAGCAGCAGCACGGGCGACAUGCACCCGCACUCGCUGCCCCUGGUGGCGCACGCGCACCCGUCCUCCGCCUCGCUGCCCCACCCGCUGCCCCCGCAGAGCUACAGCUGCGAGCGCGGCGGCGGCCACCGGAGGACGGCGCUGCUCAACUACGAGAACCUGCCGUCGCUGCCGCCCGUGUGGGAGUACCGGGCGCUGCAGCGGCACGAGGAGGAGGACGACGAGGAGCAGGACGAGGACGAGGAGGAAGAGGAGGAGGAGGAGGAGGAGGAGGAGUACGAGGAAGAGGAGGACGAGGAGGACUUUGACGAGUACGAGUUCUCCGAGGGGCCUGGCACGCCCAACGGCUACCACCAACAGGAGGCCGGGGUCCACCGCGACGCCCUGCAGAACUACGUGAACACCGACCAGAUGCAGAUCCCUGCGCCGCCGCGCCACGCCUGCCCCCCCCACCUGCCCCCCCACCCGCAGAGGCCCUGCCAGGCCGAGAGGGGCGGCCGGGUCUUUGGCUUCCCCCAUCUCCGGCGAAGGUCUGGAGGAGGAGGAGGAGGAGGAGGAGGGGGCAGCGCCAGGGGCGGGAGAGGCAGCUGUGAACACGGUCACAUGCCACCACCGCCAUCCCGACUCAACUACAUCCAGGUGGACUUGGAUGGCGAGUCCUCAUCGGUCUGUCAGGGGCACGGGGCCGGGGCAGCUGGCGUGGGCCCUGUGUCGCGCUCGCUGGCGCACAAGAGAGGCAUGGCAGCGUCGGCCUCGGGCCCACCCCCGCCGCGCCGCAGCGAGUUCUACGCCGUCAUCGACCUGAAGAAGACGGCGGCCAUGUCCAACCUGCAAAAAGCCCUGCCGCGGGAUGAUGGAACCUCGCGAAAGACUCGCCACAAUAGCACUGACCUGCCUCUGUAGGACUGGGAGGAGAGGGAGGGCGUGAGUAAGGCGGCUACUAAAGGUCAACUCAAAGCGCUCCAACACUAAUGUCUGUGCAUUGUCGCCAUGGAGCAGUUUAGUUUUUUUUCUCAUGUUCAAUACCUCUUCCACCACACCUUCAUGAUAAACAAGGAUACACAAAGGGCCCUUGUUGAACACUACUGGAUGAGAUAAUGUAGCACGACUGGGAAGGAUUUGUUCUUAGUUUUGUUUUUUAAAAUAGUUUAAAAGUCCUGUCUUAGGGAAUUAAUAUUCUACUGAAUGGUUAGUUCAAAGCUGAGAAUCUCCCAACUCCAUUUAUUUAAGACUUUGUUCAGCUUCUUGAGGACAGUGUUUACAAUUUUUCACUCAAAAAUAAGUACAGAAUCAAAAUAUAUCCUCUUCAGUACCAUAAUUAGCAGGAUGUAGCAGAAUCCUUAUUCUGUGUACCUCAGUCUGGACUGAAUUACAAUCAUCUCAGAGAGCAUGUACUGAAUUCAUUUUAGUGAACAGUUUUAGGUGCACUGAAUAUGAAUUCAGUGAACGAAGCAUUAACGCGAAGUGAACUCGUUAACAUGGUUCUCUGGGUAGGCCUCUGGAUUAGUGCCAUCUGCCUUCAAGACAGAAAUUAGAAAUUGCACAUUAUCUUCCACAAUUGUAAUGAAACCUCCUCACACACCACUAUAAGACUAAAUUUACUUUGGUGUGCUGGAUUAGUGGAUGGCCACAUUAGUUUUUGUUUCAUAAUAUGGGAGCAACAUGAGUAAUUGAUUUCUUGGACUUACUGAUUAUGUAAUGCAUAUUUAAUGUAGGUUGCAUCAGGUUGAGUAUGACAGUACUUUGUUCUGUCAAGGUACAUAAGUCUUAUGACUUUGGUGAUGUUCAAAAGAGUUUGGCCAUGGAGUAUUUUUACUUAUCCCGUGAAGAGCAAGGACUGUUUUUGUCUAGAGUCCUAAAAUGCAGGAUGUGCCAUACUGUGAUCAUGCCUUGCUAAAAGCUCAAACCUUCAGGCUUAAACCUUCAGAGAUAAUGCUGCUUAGAUUGUAAACAAGGAAACAAAGAUGGCUCAUGUAUAUACUGUAUAAGAAAGAGAACAUAUCCUCUGAGAAGUAUAGCAUAGUAAGACUUGAUAAGACACUGCCAGUGUUUGAUAUGUUUAUAAGAAGUGAUUGACAUCCCCUUAGAAAUGACCUCUUGAAAUAUCAUCUAUUACAGGGAUGGGAUGGGAGGGUAUUUAAAAUCAUUCCAUUAAGUUUUUUUUACUUGACAGGACAGAUGUAUUUAUUAUUUAUUUGUGUAACGACUUGUUUAUUUAUUUAUGACGUUAACUUUUGAACAGCAUCAAGCUCCAUUGUGAUUGUAAUCCAGACAAUCUGGAGACCAAAGUUUCACUUGUGUCAACAUCAUAGAUAGAUAGCCUACCAGCGGAGCUGAAUGUUUGCUCAGAAAAUAUACAGCAUGUAUGGAGGAGAUUUUUCUCUCACAUAUUGUCGAUGUAUAGUGCCAAAUUUGAAGUUGCUAAAAUAAACAUAAAGGAUAUAAUUUAUGUUACAUUAAGGGAAAAUUUAACCCGAGGGCUAAUAAUAACUUCCACAACAUAAAUGCAGCUCAGUCCAUUCUAACUGGGCACUUCCUUUAGCAGUCAACUUGGUCUGGUCAUAGGCAUUGACCAACUUCUGGUCAUAGGCAUUGACCAACUUCUGGUCAUAGGAUCAUGUUGCUCGGCUUUCCUUUCACAACAUGCUCGUGGCUAUAUAACAGGCUAUACCUGUUACAGGAGCACUCGAUAGAAGAGAUAGAAUAUGAAAGUCUAGAGCAUAAGGUAUGAUGUCCUUGUCAUCAUGUCCAAACCUUUUAUCACAUCAAAGAACUGGUUUGCCUCAUUGUCACACAAUAGUGAUGCAUAGCUUGCACUUCAACUUAUUUUAAGUUUUUUUUUUUUGUUUCAAAUUGACGGCUAAAGCCAGAUUCACUAAAGGGCUUUAGUGUGCGCAGAAUGUCAUAAAUGUGUCUAACCUACCUACACCUGAGUAGAGUUUCAUGUGAUUCUGGCCUCCGAUUCGAAUAACAUUUUGCAUAUUAAGCCAUGCUUUACAUGACAAUAAGGCCACGUUAAUAAUGCAGAGGAUGCGCACUGCUAACCUGUUGACUUAGAAAUAUAUAAGCUUGAAGAGAAGAAAAAUAUUUUGCCACUUUUCUGAGGGGGUAUAUUCAUUUCUAAACAUAUAUUUUUUAUGGUAUAGUAUGUUUUAAAGAGUGUUUACAUUUUGCAAUAAUGGCCAAUGAGAGUUAAUCAGACUGGAGCCAGGUUGCCGUAGCAAUGUAAAAUUGGUUGUGCAGCGUUGAAAUUCGUCUGAAUCACACAUGUCUGAAUCAUCACUGUCUUCACUCAGGCUUUUUGUGUUGAUAGAUAUAUUUUGUUGUGCUUCAGUUAAGCAUGAUUUGGAAAGAAUAGACCACAUGAUCUGAAUCCAUUUCUGAAGAAUACUAUAUUUACACUUUUACAGUAAGUGACUCAACUGUGCCAUAUUAGUGAUUAUUGCCAAAUACUGUUUUGGGCACUUAUGGCAUUACUGAAUGUCGAAAUCUGUAUGAAUCCAUAAGAACCAGAGUAGGCUACAUUUUCUUAAUGUGUGUGUUUACACUAGUAUUGUAGGUUUCACUUGAAUACUGAAUGUUUUUGAAGGUUUACAUCAGAGAGAAAAAAAAACAUUUUAGAUGAUCAUCAACUGCUUUUACUUAACAUUUUAUAAUUUGCCAUUUGUGAUGUCCUGACAUUUUUUCUUUUGAUAUGCAUAGAUUGUAGGUUUCUUGGUGGGAACCAUUGUUUUUAUGCUGGGGAUGCUUCCUCAGAACAUUACCAGAAGCUGCCAGUGCCUACCAUUGUGUCUAUGUCCUAGCAGCAUCAUCAAUUGUUGCAUACCUAUAAUUAGCAUCCCAUUAGAAGACUAGUUUGUACUUCAGACUCUUCAAAGCAAUCAAUAGGUCAGCUUCUUUAUAUAAAAUAGCGUGAAUUUCUCUUGUCCACAGAGAAGUUGAUUUUAACCCAACAUAAAUCAGUUUUAUUGAAGAAAAAAAAAGAAUCCAUCAGCAAAUUGUUCAAUCAAGAGCUGUAUUAUCUUGAUUGUUACUUGCGGUUGAGUGAGUGCUGGUCAAAACAACUCUUUGGCAAACCUGGUUGAUUGUAAUGUACACUGAUGAUUCUGUGUGCCAAAUUUGGAUGAGAGCAAAGCCCAUAGAAGAAGACAGACUUCACUCGGGACUAGUGGCUCGCUCUCAUUGCUGUAUUUUCCCCCUCAGAGUAUGAAUGUAAUAAACAGUAAGACCACCAUGUGCAAGUGGACACUUGCAUAUGUUUCUAUCCUUGCCAUGAAAAUAACAAAAGACAAAAGAUAAAAAGUGGAAGUGUUAUCAUUGAUGUUUUGUCUAAACGUUUCAAAAAGCAGAGAAAUUGCAGUUUGUUUUCUUUGUAUACAGUAUUUACAUUUCCUCUAUGUAUGUAUUUCUGUGUAUGUACAUACAUAUAUAUAUAUCUAUAUAUAUCGACAUAUAUAUGUGGGUAUGCGGUGACAGUCUGCUUCUUGUAUGUUUCAUUUGGGAAUGGUGAAAGGGAAACAGUUCACAUUUGCCACUGAGGUUAAACAUGGGCACAGGGGGAGACAGAGAGUAGAGUGAGUGAGUGACAGAAUGAGGGAGGAUGACAGUCAAUUAACUUAUUAAUUAUUAUUCUAUUGGUUGAAGCAUUGCCAUGUCACUUUGCAGAAAGCUCCUUUAGUAAUAUUGCCAUUUUAUCAACCUCCCCCUUUACUCCCCUUCUCCAAACAAAUCAGGCAUGCCCUCUGGUGAAUGCUAUUUUCAGUUCUUUACACCUUUUGAAUCGUAAAGGCUUGUACAAUUAAAAUGAAUGUGAUUCAAUGUAAUAUGUCAACAUUAAAAUAAUCAAACUGUAAAGAGAUAUUUUGAUUACUAUUUCAAUCCAAAGUGGAUUUUUACACACUGUUUUUCCUUUGGAGGAAAAAAAAAAUGCAAAUGCUGCCUGGUUAAGACAUACUUUCAACUCACCUAGGAUGAACAAUUUUACCAACAACGUUGUUGCAUUAGCAAAAGAAAAUAGGUUCUUAAUUUAGAUUUUGCUUAAAGUUAAAUGCUAUUUUUUUAGAUUUGCUGUAACAGUAGCUGCUGGAUAGCAAUUUAAGCAUGAAUUCAACUGUGUAGGAGUUUGGCUUUUGUGGACAGCAGAAUGAGAAUGGUCUUAAAAAUGCUGUUUUUGCAGGAAGCUGUAAAUAUCCCUCACAUGGUCGUCUUGUCAAGUGUUUGUCUUUCCAUCUUCGUAUCCUUUUUAUUUUUGUUUAACUGAUUUUUUGAUAAUGUGUCAUUGUGAUCAACAAAAAUAUUAAAAUGAAAAUAAACUUU